UGUCUGAAAGUUUCAGCAUUAAUAGCAGACAGAAGUCGGUGGGCAAACAGAAGUUGUGGCCAGUUAGAGCAGGGAAACAAACAGGGGUCAAACAUUAAGGCUUUUGUCUGAGACCCAGAGCUAGCUGCGUAGCUAUUAGGUGUGUGCAGGUAAGCUAGCUGUGUGUGAAGAUGAGGCUGAGCGGUGUGCUAGUGUGUGUGCUCCUGCUUUGGGUUGAGGGGUGCUGGGGGGACACUCCGGCCAACUGCACCUAUGAGGACCUGCUCGGGACAUGGGUGUUUCAGGUGUCCAAAGGAGGACACGACAAGAACAUCAACUGCUCUUCUCUAGCCACGGUUGAGAGCACAGUGACUGUGACCCUGGAGAAACUGUCAGUGGCCACAGACGAGCUGGGGAGCACCGGCUUCUUUACCCUCAUCUACAACCAGGGCUUUGAAGUGGUCAUUAAUGGCUACAAGUGGUUCGCCUUCUUCAAGUACACUGAAGACGGGCCUAAGGUGACCAGCUACUGUGACCAGACCCUGCCGGGGUGGGUCCAUGAUGUCCUGGGAAACAACUGGGCCUGUUUUGUGGGGAAGAAGGUGAAAUCAGUACAACCCCAUUUAGAUUACAAACCACUCCUCAGCAGCAGGCUGCUCGAGAAGCCGUACAAACACAACCUGGACUUCAUUGAUCUAAUCAACUCUGUCCAGAACUCCUGGAAGGCUGCGGCCUACCCCGAGCAUGAGCUGUUAACGCUGAAAGAACUGCACUACCGCGCUGGAGGGCCCGCCUCCCGCAUCCCUCAGCGUGUUCGGCCUAUGCCUGCGAAAGCUGGUUUGGCCAAAAUGGCGGCCGCUCUACCUGAGCACUGGGAUUGGAGGAACGUUAACGGCGUCAACUUUGUUAGUCCUGUGCGAAAUCAAGCAUCAUGUGGAAGCUGCUACUCCUUUGCCACCAUGGGAAUGCUGGAAGCUCGCAUUCGAAUCCUCACCAACAACACCGACACUCCCAUCCUCAGCCCCCAGCAAGUGGUCUCCUGUUCUGAAUAUUCUCAAGGCUGCGACGGUGGAUUUCCAUACCUGAUUGGGAAGUACGUGCAGGAUUUCGGACUGGUGGAUGAGUCAUGCUUUCCAUAUAUUGGAAAGGACUCUCCGUGCGGUCUUCCUCAAAACUGCCACCGCAUUUACACCGCAGAGUACAGCUAUGUUGGUGGGUUCUAUGGUGGCUGCAGUGAGUUGGCUAUGAAGUUGGAACUGGUCAAGAAUGGACCCAUGGGAGUGGCCUUUGAGGUCUACCCUGACUUCAUGAACUAUAAGGAGGGCAUCUACCACCACACAGGCCUCAGAGACCCCUUCAAUCCCUUCGAGCUGACCAACCAUGCCGUGCUGUUGGUGGGUUAUGGACAUUGCCACGUGACUGGUCAGAAGUACUGGAUUGUCAAAAACAGCUGGAGCACCAACUGGGGCGAGGACGGCUACUUCCGGAUCCGCCGGGGCAGCGACGAGUGUGCCAUCGAGAGCAUCGCCGUCGCAGCAAACCCCAUCCCCAAACUGUAGACGGUCGGGAUGAGAGGCACAAUCAAUUCUUAUAAAUGUAAAACUAGGAAUUAGUUAAGGGCAACUUAUCUUUUGUGUUUAAUUUCACAUACUGUUUACCAAUUCGAUUUGGAUGGAAACUGUUAUUGUGUUCUGAAGAGCCAUGAAUUUCCAAUUUCAGCAAUCACUGAUUAACUGUGAAUGAUUUUAAUUUAAGCUUUAACUGCCAACACAAACCUGGAAACAAAAUGCAUUGAUAUGUACUUACAAAUCUUGAAUGGUAAUAAAGUACAAAAGAUUUGAUGCACACCUUUACUGCAGAUUUGAAGGGAUUUCAAUUCAAAGGGAACUGAGGAGUGUUUGUGUUCUAUGGUCAGGCGCAGGACUUUGAUUCUUCGUCUCAGGGAAGCAACUGUGCAGAAUUGCGAUGUCUUUUGUCCUUGCACCAAAUUGAAAAUGUUACUGCCAUGUUUCUCUGUGGAGCAUUUUAAAGGGAAUUCAUGAUCAAUCAGAAUAGGGAUUAAGUGAUUGUAUUGCCUUUUUAUUCUGAUUUGCACUAAUUGUUUUUACAUUUUGAUGGAAUAAAAGCAUUUAUAAAUGUA